GAGGGACAAAGUUCAGACGAGACUCCCGGGUUGACCUUGCUGUUGAGCGUCGCCGCUGAGUAUAAACGACGCAGUCUAGGAAAAACAUGACAACCCCAAGUUUACCUGUUAUGCCACAGAUGCACGCAUUACCCAGCUCGGGGUUCAGGCUAUCAAAAGAGCAUUUAGUGGUUGCGGUGCCAGUUGCAGUGGUUGCGGCUGUUGGAGGCUUCCUAGUCAGCCAUUACCUGAGUGGGCGGAGCUGUAAAAAGGGCCAGGUGAACACAUUCAUCAGUAAAGACAGUCCCAAAGUGGUCCACAGCUUCGACAUGGAGGACAUUGGCACCAAGGCUGUGUACUGCCGCUGCUGGAAGUCGAAGAAGUUCCCGUACUGCGACGGCUCCCACACCAAACACAACGAGGAGACCGGGGACAACGUGGGACCGCUCAUCAUCAAAAAGAAGGAUGCCUAAGCCGGCCAAUCCUUGAGCUCCGCCCUCCCUUGACUUGUCAUGCACCCUGCCCCAGUCUGUCCAAUCAUUUAACGUCAUCAUUGCAAUCUCACACUGGUGGUUACCGUAUGAUCCUCUCACAAUGAAACCAAACGGUGGAUAUUCUUCAUAGCCCAGAACAAAAUCUCAGAAAGUGCUUCAAAACGUUGAUGAGCUUCAAUUCAUACAUUCCACACUGUUCCCACAUUUACUGACAUGACUUUGAAAUGAAAGGUCAUUUGAGGACAGAUAAGGAAGGAACAAUCAGUCAGACAUGGAGGUACGAUGACAGCUGCAUUCUGACCUGCUUAAAGUGACGAGUUAAAUCCAAAGCGUCACGGGACAUGAGACGAGUGAAAUAUCUCAUGGUACCUUCACGUCUGGCGUCACCUGUGUCCCCUUCCUUGUCGGCUCCUCGAGGUGUGGAGCAGGUGGUCGAAACCUAAUAAACUGGCAGCUCUUUGCCUCAGUCCAGUAUUUGAAUUCAGCAAAGGCCUUAUAAUUACAUCUAGAGCCCUCGACCCAGAGUCUAAACACACAGCCCAUAUGAAUGUUACAUUUAGGUAUUCUUUUUGCACUAAGAGCUGCUUAGAGGAAGUGGAGGUUAUGUUUGUUUAAUGAAACAAUCUUUCAUCUUGAGACUCGUUGAAACACUAUCUGCUGUCGUUAACCAGGUACCUUCUGCUUUCUGGGGUAUUUUGUAUUUAGUCUGUAAAAGUGUUCAGAGGUAACAGCUUUGCUUACAAAGGAUAUAUUUUGCUUUAUCAUUCGUUAGAUUUGUUUUCUACUGGCUGCGGUGUGUGUGACUCGAUGAUUCAUUGCUCUGUAUAUUGUGAAUAAAACUUGUUGAGUGAUCUGA